AUGGCGGGCGAGCUUGAGGGAGCCAAGGCCCUGAGCGGGCUGCUCAACGGCCUGGCCCAGGACGCCUUCCACGGGCACCCGGGCAUCACGGAGGAGCUGCUGCGGAGCCAGCUCUACCCGGACGUCCCUCCCGAGGAGUUCCGCCCCUUCCUGGCGAAAAUGAGGGGCCUUCUGAAGUCAAUUGCAUCUGCAGACAUGGAUUUCAAUCAGCUGGAGGCAUUCUUGACUGCCCAGACCAAAAAACAAGGUGGGAUCACAUCUGAUCAGGCUGCUGUCAUUUCCAAAUUCUGGAAGAACCACAAGACAAAAAUCCGAGAGAGUCUCAUGAACCAGAGCCGCUGGGACAACGGGCUUCGAGGCUUAAGCUGGAGAGUUGAUGGCAAGUCACAAUCAAGGCACUCUGCUCAAAUCCACACCCCUGUAGCCAUAGUGGAGCUGGAAUUAGGGAAAAGUGGACAGGAAUCUGAGUUUCUGUGUUUGGAAUUGGAUGAGGUCAAGAUCAACCAGAUCCUGAAGAAACUCUCUGAGGUGGAAGACAGUAUCAGCAGCCUGAUGCAGCCGGCCUGACCCAAGAUGACGUCGGCAGGGCCGGCAGCCAUGUCCGGGACGCCUCCCACUCACCUUUCCCGGCCGGCUUCCCUGUUGGUAUUAAACCCUCCAUUAAACUCUUCCUGUCAGGCUU